GAAGUCAGUAAACCACAGCCUUCAGCAUGCUCUGCUUAGGCAGCAGUGGCUUCUCAGUGGUGCCACGGCCAUGACAUGCAUUUGACAUACCCUCUUUCAACCCAUUCAUAGACUGUUUCGCUUGCACUGCAGCAUGGACCAAAGAGAAAUUCUGCAGAAGUUUCUGGAUGGGGCCCAAACCAAGAAAAUGAACAAAGAAGAGUUUGCCAAUGAAUUUCUGAAGCUGAAAAAACAGUCUACCAAGUACAGGGCAGACAAAACCUACCCUACAACUGUGGCUGAGAGGCCCAAGAAUAUCAAGAAAAACAGAUACAAGGAUAUUUUACCCUAUGAUUACAGCCGGGUAGAGCUAUCCCUGAUAACCUCCGAUGAGGAUUCUAGCUACAUCAAUGCCAACUUCAUUAAGGGAGUUUAUGGACCCAAAGCUUAUAUUGCCACCCAGGGUCCUUUAUCUAUAACUCUCCUGGACUUCUGGAGGAUGAUUUGGGAAUACAGCGUCCUGAUCAUUGUCAUGGCGUGCAUGGAGUUUGAAAUGGGAAAGAAAAAGUGUGAGCGCUACUGGGCUGAGCCCGGAGAAACGCAGCUGCGGUUCGGUCCUUUCUCCAUAUCCUGUGAGGCCGAAAAAAGGAAAUCUGAUUAUAUAAUCAGGACUCUAAAAGUCAAAUUCAACAGUGAAACUCGAACUGUUUACCAGUUUCAUUACAAGAAUUGGCCAGAUCACGAUGUGCCUUCAUCUAUAGACCCUAUCCUUGAGCUCAUCUGGGAUGUGCGUUGUUACCAAGAAGAUGACAGCGUUCCCAUAUGCAUUCACUGCAGUGCUGGCUGUGGAAGGACUGGUGUUAUUUGUGCUAUUGAUUAUACAUGGAUGUUGCUAAAAGAUGGGAUAAUUCCGGAGAACUUCAGUAUUUUUAGUUUGAUCCAGGAAAUGCGAACCCAGAGACCGUCUUUAGUCCAAACGCAGGAACAGUAUGAACUGGUCUACAAUGCUGUAUUAGAACUAUUUAAGAGACAGAUGGAUGUUAUCAGAGAUAACCACUCUGGAACAGAGAGUCGAGCAAAGUCUUCAAUUCCUGAGCAAAAUUGUCCUCUACAAGCAGACUCUUAUUUUCCUCAUUUACCAAAAAGCACCGUGAAAGAAGAAAACAUAAUGAACCAACGGAGCAAGCAAAGGACAACAGUGGAAAAUGCAGAUGCUGCUUCCUUGGACUUUAGGACUCAUGGAAUAAAUGCAAAGGAAGGGCUAGUUUUGUGCCCUGCUAAAUCGAGCACUUCUUUUGACUUUUUGGAGCUAAAUUACGGUUGCAACAAAAAUGCUGAUACAACCGAAAAAUGGCAGACAGGGGCAUUUCCAAUAGUUGGGGAACCUCUUCAGAAGCAUCGAAGUUUGGAUUUGAGCUCUAUUUCGUUUGGGACAUGUAGUCAUUCUAAACCUGGAAAUGCAGUAGGAAGAUACUUUCAUUCAAAGGGGCCGAUAAUACGGACAAAAUCGACUCCUUUUGAAUUGAUACAGCAGAGAGAAACCAAGGAGAAACCAAACAUCAAGGAAAAUGUUUCUUAUUUGGAAUCUCAACCAUGUGAUACUUGUCUUAUGGAGUUGCAGGCUCAAAAAGUGACGCAUGUUUCUUCAGCAGAACUGAAUGAUUCACUGCCGAAUGAUUCUACACACCAAAUGUGUAACACCUCUACUGUAAAGCAAGAACCUAGUGGUUUUAGUGCAUAUUCUUACACGUCUUUAGCAAAAGACCCUUAUUUUUCAUCACUGCCUCCAAGCAGCACCGGUUCUAAGAUGUCUCUUGAUGUACCUGAGAAGCAAGAUGGAACUGUUUUUCCUUGUCCUUUGUUGCCAAAAUCCUCCACAACCCUGCUUUCUUACUGCAGUUUAAAAGAUUCCUUAGCACCAAAUCCUCCAACCAAAGUUCUCACACCACUGAGCCAAGAGGUGGCUAUAGUGGCAGCUGCUCCAAGGAUAGAUGAUGAAAUUCCACCUCCCCUUCCUGAACGGACGCCAGAAUCAUUUAUUGUGGUAGAGGAAGCUGGAGACUUCUCACCAAGUGUUCCCAAAUCCUUAUCCUCAGCUGUGAAGGUAAAAAUUGGAACAUCACUGGAAUGGAGUGGAACAUCUGAACCAAAGAAUUUUGAUGACUCCAUAAGACUUAGACCAAGCAAGAGUGUAAAACUCCGGAGUCCCAAAUCAGAUCUACAUCAAGAUCGUUCUUCUUCCCCUCCACCUCCACUCCCAGAAAGAACUCUAGAGUCCUUCUUUCUUGCUGAUGAAGACUGUAUGCAGGCUCAAUCCAUAGAAACGUUUUCUACUAGCUGUCCUGACACCAUGGAAAAUUCAACAUCUUCAAAACAGACAUUAAAGACUCCUGGAAAAAGUUUCACAAGGAGUAAGAGUUUGAAAAUUUUGAGAAACAUGAAAAAGAGUAUCUGUAAUUCCUCCUCACCAAGCAAGCCUGCAGAAUCAGAUCUGUCAAAUAACUCCAGCUCCUUUCUGAAUUUUGGUUUUGCAAACCGCUUUCCAAAACCUAAAGGACCAAGGAACCCACCACCAACUUGGAAAAUUUAAUAAAACUCUGGAUUUACGGCUUCAAGUGCAUUUGCAAAUAAAACUACCAGAAUAUUCCUAGUUAAAAUAAGUGCUUUAUAUUAAUAAUAUCAACAAUGAGGACAUGCUAAUGUAUUAAUAGCUUUUACAAGAAAGGCAGUAUACAAAGAAGUGCCAGCAGUUUUGCAUUUUUGUGUCAUCUACAUGGGGUUGGAGGCGGCAAAUAAAAGUUUGUCACUUGGAUUACGUAGAAAAUGCUGCGUGAAAAACACUGUUUUAGAAUGAAUUUAUUUUUCAUUUUUGGAUGUUAAUUUUAUUUUACUUUUCUACAUAAAUAUAAACUUUAAAAGGUUUGCAAGAUUUGAAUCUCAAAUUUCUUCAUUGUCAGAAUCUACUAGAGUUAAAACAAAACAAAACAAAACACACACCUUGUGGUUACAAUACAAAAUUAUUGUGACGACUACUUCCUAGGAGUUAUUUUUGCCUCAGUGAAGUAGAGUUUGCACACCUUCCCAAAGGUUGUGGGAAAUCAUAAUAGUAAGAAAAUGAGAAAUUACAUACUUAAUAGUAAGAAAAUG